UGAUUGGAAUAUUUGGAUUUGUCUUUUCAGAAUUCUUUAACAGAUCCUCAACGUGUCCGCACUCCUUCCAUCAUGGAGUACUGGAAACCAUUGGCCGAAGAUAUGGAUGAAUCUGCGGGAAUAGAAGCAGAAUAUCACCAUAAAAAUAGUCGAGUCUAUUGUUGGAAAGGUUUACGCUUUUCAGCUCGGCAAGACUUGGAGGGAUUUUCCAGAUUCACUGAACAUGGUAUUGAGGGCGUUGUGCCUUUGGAACUUUUGCCAUCUGAAGUGCGGUCCAAAUAUCAAGCUAAACCAGCUGACAAGUCUAAGCGUGCCAAGAAGGAAGAGAUGAAAACCUCUGUGCAGCAAGCUGAAGAAAAUCAGGUUGCAACACCUGCAAGUGAGAUGGAUGUUGAAGGAAGCAGAACUGAUCUUGAAGCCUCGAUAGCCCCAAUAGAUGCAGAUGCCACAAUGGCUUCUGGCAGUAUUUCUCAGAGCGGAACUCCAACCCCUGAUGAACAUCAGAAACAGAGUCCUGACACAGACAUCGGGCAGGAAUCAGGCCAAAUUGAAGCUGAAGCUGAAAUAGAGGCAGAAGCCAUGCCCGGAGUAAUAGAAGGUGAGACAGAUGCAGAGGUUGAUCUAGAUGCAGUAGUCUGAUAAAGUACAAGUAUGUUUCAUUUUACUCGAAUGGUGGGAGAAAACUACUUGUGCUCGAAUUAUUUUGAAGUUCAGGGUCUGUCUAAAGGCUAAAAGUGGACAUUAAUAUGUUGCAAAAACAUCAAUUUCUUAGAUGAUCCCUGGCUCGAUCAAGGUAGUGUUGGACUAGCUGAGUUGGAUAUGAAAGUGGUCGGCAUGCCUUGUUUGCACGAAUAUACUUGCAUUAAUGAUUAUGGAAUUUAGUUUCUAAUA